AUUUUGAAUUCACCAUAGGGCUCAGCCAUUCCUAGAGGAAUUCUAGGCACCUUGGAAAAAAGCGAAAUCGCGCUAGGGAUUUCAGCCGAUCUGGCAGCUCUUCCGAUGCCACUGGCGCGCCUUUUAAUCCAAAGCGCCUUUUUCGUGUCUCAUGUUUGCUCGUUUAUUGCGGAGGCCUAUAUAUGCUUCAAGAUGCUGGAAAAGGAUCACUUCCAAGUAAUCUGGAAGGCUGAUGCCAAGUACAUCUUGUGCGAGAAGCUUGAUAUGAUUCCUGACCUGGAACCGGAGUUGAUGGAGGGCACCACUGUGGCCUACCGAUGUCCGGCGUCAAAGGAAUCGGCCCUGCAGUGGAUUCAGCUGUACCAAGAGGCCGCCAACAUCCCCCUGACGACGUACGACUCCAUGUCGAAUGGCCAAAGGGUGGUGUACUGGGCCAGGCUUCGUUGUCACCACGACGUCCCAGAAAAGCCGAGUCGUCCGAGGAAAAACCAAUCCGCCAAGGACACCGGGUGCCCCCUGCGCCUGAAAGUGACUGUCGCCAACAUUCCAAAACGGAAUAGGUCUACAGACCCAUGCGCGGCUUACGAGCUACGGGUGACAUGUAACAAGAAGCCCCACAACCACGCCGUGGACAACGCUGCCGCUCUGAGACAUCGACGCGUCUCUGAGCUGACGAAGGCCCGGCUGAUGGAGCUGUUCCAGCACCACCACUCGCCCUCCACGGCGCUGGAGACCCUGAAACUACAGCUUCAGGAGAAGCAUGGGAGCGCCUACCCGUCGGUGGCCGCAGACCGAGCCAUUGUCCCAGAUAGGAUGGCCGUCUACUACCUGUACUACAAGCACUGUCGGGAGCGUUACCCAGCCUCGACCCAGGAGGAGACCAUGGACCUCAUCCGCCACAUGAAGGACGUCCGCACGGCGGUCUCAGUCGAGGACGGCGAGACGGUGAUCGCGGCGGUGACGCCGCUGAUGGAGCGCGUCCACACGCUCCCCGACGCGGGAGAGGUGGUCUUCGUCGACGCCUCAGGAGGGAUGAACCGGCACGGCCAGCGCGUCUUCCUGCUGAUGUGCUGGAGCCCGGCCGGUGGUCUGCCUCUCGGUGUCAUCGUCUCCACCUCGGAGACCGAGGCCGUGGUGGACAAAGCCUUCCGGCUGCUCGUCGGGAUUUUACCAGACGGCGCCUUUGGCGGGCGUGGAAGGCGCGGCCCUCUGUGCUUCAUGACGGACGACUGUCAGGCCGAGCGGAACGCGCUGUCGGCGGUGUGGCCUGAAGCGCGGCUCCUGCUGUGCACGUUUCACGUGCUGCAGGCCGUCUGGCGAUGGCUUCACAACGGCAAACAUGGCAUCGACAAGCAACACAGGCAGGCUAUCAUGGCACUAGCCAAGCAGCUCGUGUACGCCAACAAUGAGGCGGAGAUAGCGACGACGAUGGAGCUGGUGGCUACCGAGUGGGGCGAGCGCUACCCACUGCUGGACCAGUACCUGCAGGGUUUCGCUGCCCGCCGUCAAGAGUGGGCGCUGUGCCUCCGCACGGAUGUCCCCACCCGGGGACACAACACGAACAACAUCGUGGAGUCCGCCUUCAGAGUCCUCAAAGACUCCGUCCUCUACAGGACUCGGGCGUUCAACCUGCUGCAGCUGUUUGAUUCCGCCACGGUCCAGCUCAGCAAGCACUACGCCAGGAGGGCGUGCGACGUGACCAACGGCCGGCAGCGGGCGGCACUGCGCCGGUCCGCGGCGGCACCAGCCAAGAAACGGGCACUGUGACGCAGGUGACGGAGUUCACCUAUCAGGUGAAGUCGCUGACGUCGGUCGGCAUCACCUACCUGGUGGACCUGAACGUCGGCGCCUGCACCUGCAGGAUGAACCGGCGGACUGGCGGCUGCAAACACCUCCGAGCCGUGCGGCAGCAGACUGGCGCUGUGCCGGAGGCGACGGCGACAAAGGAGACGCGGAGGGCCUUGAUGGACAUCGCCAUGGGGACCAGCCAGCAGCUGCCAGGCAACUGGUUCGACCCUCUGGUCGCCGAGCCGUCCACCUCGUCACCUCCUGGCCCCACGCCCGCCAGCGCCCCCGGAGUCGCGCAGCCCCAGCCGUCGCCUGGUCCCGAGGAGUACGACGACGACGCAAUGGACUUCGAGGACCCCGCCGCUGCGGCGGCGGCUGUCAGUGGAGCUGAGCAGCGACGCUCAGAUGACCGGACACGCCAAACCGUGGCGUUCAUCCAGGAGUGGGCAGCCUUCAUGUGCGAGGCAGUCGUCCAGGACGACACCUGGGAGAGGGCUGCCGCUGCCUUCCAGCAGAGGUGGGGCCAGCUGCCCACUGCUGGCCGCCAGUCCGCUCUGCACCAGUUUGGGGGUGCGCAGGGCUGCCGGCGGAACGCCACCCAGAUUCCGGUCCAGCCGACCAGCACUGCCCGUCGCACCAGCACCAACGUGCGGGGUCGCGCUCGCUGGCCCGCUGGACGGCCGUGCCGCUCCGCGCGCACCGGGGAGCACGGCUACGUGGCAGCCUCCGCCAGGCGGUCGGCGGCGCCCCACAGCCUGGCCACCUGUGUUGACCAGAACCGCCCCCUGGGGCGCUGAGUGGUAGAGGUGAAGUGGGGGUGACCGGGGCAAGUUGGUGCCAGGGGGGGGGGGGUAAGUUGGGACGGAAGGGAUAUUUCCAAUACUUCUCGACAGUUGGCGUUCAAACUUAUUUUGUACAUGCACAGUAACGCCGUCUGUUUGUCAACGUGGUGUCGGCGCGUGCUGAGGUAAGUGCUGUUAAUAAUCGCUACAAAUGUGUUUCAGGUACCAAAAGUGAUUUUCUUGCUGUGAAAAUAUUCUCUUCUAGUGUCGUUGUGUGUGCCUUUUUGUUUGCCGCAGGAGUACUGCAAACGUUUGUGUUUUGUCGUUAAUGCCCGCAUGGAUUAGCGAUGAUUGUUCAUGUGAAACAUGAAUAAAAAUGUGUUUAGA